UCUAUUUCUCGACUUUAGAGUUCCGAGUUCGAACCCACCCCUAAGAUGUCCGCCGGCAACGGCAACCCCUUCUCCCCCGUCGACAAGCAGAAAAGAACUUCUAACUCCCCCAAACGCUAAUCCUAAAAUUAAAUAACGCCGAACCAAUUUUGGUUGACGGAAGACUCCUGCAUUGCCGAACUGAUCGUAAUUUAGAUACGGCGAAGAAAAGUCUCUGCUUCGAUUUAGAUGCGUAUCCAAGCAGUGGUUUUUUCUACUUUUCAAUCAACAAUUCAUCACAAGACAUCUCAAAAUUCGGACUUCGGUACGCACUCGCAAGGAAUUAUCAUCCAGGGUCUUAAAGAUACAAACUUUGCUAUUGGCACCCAUACGACAACGCUCAUGGGGUUCGCUUUCGACUCCCGGAGACCAACCACCUGCAACGGCCUUGUGUCUGCGCACUUAUAUUCCAAGGAAACCAACAGGAGCAGCAUCGUUGUUUGGAACCCUUUAACCAUGGAACAGAGGAGAUGUCCUAUGCCGCAACGUUGUCGGAAGGAUAUUCAACUAUUCGGGUUUGGUUACGAUUCGGUAAGCAACGUAGCAGCCACAACUCCUGCAUUUGCAAGGAAACUAGCUUUUGCUACAGAGGCGAAACAUCUCAAUGGCUGCAUUUACUGGCUAAUUAGUCGUGAAGGACGAUCUAAUUGUGGAAUUGUAAGUUUUGAUUUGAGCACAGAUAGACUGAGAGAAGAGGAAUCUGUUAUCUAUGACGUGUGGAUGAUGGAGGAAAAUGUGAUGAAACUUACCAAAUCUUGGAUUAAAUUGUUCAGAGUUAAUAGUACUGAUGGCAACUUCAACACCCCUUUAAAUGAUCCAAUGAACCGGGAUGUGAUGACUGCAGUCUGUUUUACUGGAAACAGAAAAGUUUUGAUUUAUUGGCAUUCAAGAUAUGAAUACGCUCUGUACGACCCUGACUACCAAUCAGUUAAGAAGGUUGCAGAAAAUGGCAAUCCCCUUGUGGAUUCGUGGCCUGUGAGAGAGCUUGGUCUCCCUGGGUAGAUGAAUUCAAUCGCUGACUUCUAAUUUUAUUAAUGUUAUUAUUUAGUUUUAUGUUUUUUUCUUCUAGUGUUGUUAUCUUCUUUAUUUUGGGGAAUGGCUAAUGAUUGAAGAGGGUGUGCUAGUGUUGAGUCCUAGUGCUGGGAUGUGAGAAGUGAUUAUAGGUAGUUUGGGUAUUGGUUUAGUUUUAAUGAACAGAAGUGGAUGUGUUGAGGGUGUUUUUUAAAGUGAUAUAAGUUGUAAUGAGAAUGAUGGAGCCAUUCUACUUGCUAAUCUUCUUGUCUGUAAACAAGAAUUUUGUGUGGCUUCAGCAAGUAAAUUUGGUCGUUGAAGGAAUGGUUAAUUUAGUUCUUAUAAUUCUUUAAUUACAAAAAGUGGCAUGCCUUGACAGUUCAGUUUUUUCUUCAAUGGAAUUGAUGUGUCUUUGGAGUUGCUGUCAAUGUUCUUUUAGAUUAUUUUGCUAGUCAAUGUGCGUGUGGAGCAAUGGUGAGGGAAGCAUGACUCCCAUGAUAAUUGAUUUAUUUUGCCCAGAAUUUUUCAUGUGUAUAAUGGUGGUUUUUCUUGAUAUGGUUCUGAUUUCUUGGUUCUGUUCCUGAUUAUACUGCCUGUCAUUGUGAUAGAUGUCGUGUGGGUCUAAUUUAAGCUUUAUCUUUCUACUGGUUGGCCUGAGGGGUCUUUUUUGUUCAGUAGGGGUUGAUUGUGUUUUGCUGUCAUUGUCCUUCAUUUCGUUUUAGUCCAGAGAUACUUACAGUGUUUUGUUUCCGUUUUGUUGAAAAAAGUUGGUUGUAUUUUCUUAUGCUGCUUAUGGAUUUGCAGUAUGAGUUGGCUUUAUGCACUUAGCUUUGGGUUCAAUUGCAUUUUCGCUUUAAGGUGGCGCUCUGCCUCUUCUGUUUUUUAUGUUAUUAUCAAUGAAAUAUUUUAUUUGCU